AUGAAAUAUACUAAGUUAAAUUUUAUGAUGUCGGUUCUUGGCAUUGUAAUCUAUGUAAUUGAUUUAAUUGUGGAUAUCUGGGUGUCUGUCAGGUUUUUCCAUGAGGGACAGUAUGUUUUCGGUAUUUUAACAGUAAGCUUUAUGCUCUUUGGAACACUUGUGGUCCAGUGUUUUAGUUAUUCUUGGUUCAAGAACGAUUUAAAGGAAUCAGGCCAAGAAAGUCAGCAUUGUUUUCUUCUACUUCAUUGCUUGCAAGGAGGAGUUUUUACAAGGUAUUGGUUUGCCUUGAAAAAGGGUUAUCAUGUGGCUUUCAAGUACACCAGCAAAACGGAUAACUUCGUGGAAGAACAAAUCGAUCCUCAUAAAGAAGUUAUAGAUAGGGUGACAGAUUUGAGCAUGCUCAGGCUGUUUGAGACCUACCUGGAAGGCUGCCCACAACUUGCUCUUCAGCUCUACAUCCUUCUGGAACAUGGUCAAGAAAAUUUCACUCAGUAUGCAGCCAUCAUGGUCUCUUGCUGUGCUAUUUCUUGGUCGACUGUUGAUUAUCAAGUAGCUUUAAGAAAAUCCUUACCUGAUAAAAACCUUCUUAAUGGACCCUGUCCUAAACUCGUAUAUCUCUUUUACAAGUUGUUUACAUUAUUAUCUUGGAUGUUGAGUGUUGUGCUUCUUUUAUUCUUAAAUGUUAAGAUUGCUUUACUCCUGUUGUUAUUUCUUUGGUUUUUAGGUAUAUUGUGGGCAUUUAAAGAACAGACUGAGUUUUGUGCUUCCAUAAGUAUGGAAUUCAUAUACAGGAUUGUUGUUGGAUUCAUUCUUGUCUUUACAUUUUUUAAUAUUAAGGGACAGAAUACCAAAUGUCCAAUGUCUUGUUAUUAUAUUGUAAGGGUAUUGGCCACAUUGGGGAUAUUGAUUGUGUUCUGGUUUUACCCACUCUCUAUUUUUAAUUCAGACUAUUUUAUACCUGUCAGCAUCACUAUAGCUCUUACUCUUCUCCUUGGAAUUAUUUUUCUUAUUGUUUAUUACGGGACUUUGCACCCAAACAGAAGUGAAGAAACAAAACUGGAUGAAGUUGAUGGAAAACCAGUUCAAAGAGAUUGUAGAAUGAAGUAUUUCCUAAUGGAAUAG